AUGGGGGACACCCCGGGUAGAGGGGGAGCCCAGAGAAGUUGCCUGAAGAAGCCCGGCCUGUCUGAGAACUGUGAACGGAGACCAGAAGGCACCACCAGCACGGACAGUCUGGCCUACGGCGAGAACCUUGAGGAGGAGGAGAAGAACUCAGCGUUCACCUGGGAGGUGAAGGCCAACAACCGGACCUACAACAGCCAACUCAAGGAGAAGGUCUUCCCGUGCUGGCAGAGGAAGAAGUACAAGGGCAACAUCAUCCACACAGCCAAGUACAACUUCUUCUCCUUCCUGCCCUUGAACCUGUACGAGCAGUUCCACCGAAUGUCCAACCUCUACUUCCUUUUUAUCAUCAUUCUCCAGGGCAUCCCCGAGAUCUCCACCCUGCCCUGGUUCACCCUCUUCGCCCCGUUCACCUGCCUCCUCAUCAUCCGGGCCACCCGAGACCUGGCAGAUGACAUCGGCCGACACAGGAGUGACAGGACCAUCAACAACAGGCCCUGCCAGAUGCUGGUGGGGAGCAGCUUUCUGUGGAGAAAAUGGAAGGACCUGUGUGUGGGGGACCUGGUCUGUCUGCACAAGGACAACAUUGUCCCGGCCGACGUGCUCUUGCUGGCCAGCACGGAGCCCAGCAGUUUGUGCUACGUGGAGACAGCAGACAUCGACGGGGAGACCAACUUGAAGUUCAGGCAGGCCCCGAUGGGCACGCACCAGGCGCUGACCAGCGAAAGAAUGAUGGCUUCCUUCCAAGGCACGGUGGUGUGUGAGGAACCCAACGGUCAGAUGCACCGCUUUCUGGGGUGCCUGCAGUGGGAGGGCAAGAAAUAUUCCCUGGACAGCGGCAAUAUCCUCUUACGUGGCUGCAAGAUCCGGAACACGGACACCUGCUAUGGACUGGUCAUCUAUGCCGAUGGCUGGAUGGAUGCAACCCCUGCAGGUUUAGACACGAAGAUCAUGAGGAACUGUGGCAAAAUCCAUCUGAAGAGAACCAAGAUAGACCGUCUGAUGAACAGGCUAGUGAUCCUGAUCUUCAUGUCCCUGGUGCUGAUCUCCGUGGCUUUGACCUUGGGCUUCUGGGACAAGGUGAAAGAACUCAAGGCCAAGCACCACUACGUGUCUGAGAAGCUCAUGUACAGCGUGCCCACCGAGUCUUUCUUCACCUUCUGGGGUUUCCUCAUUCUGCUCAGCGUCAUGGUGCCCAUGGCUAUGUUCGUCCUAACCGAGUUCAUCUACCUGGGGAACAGCAUCUUCAUCAGCUGGGACAGGCAGAUGUACUACCAGCCCCAGGACCUGCCGGCCAGAGCCCGAAACACCAGCCUCAGUGACCAGUUGGGCCAGGUGGCGUACAUCUUCUCGGACAAGACCGGCACGCUCACGCAGAACACCAUGACCUUCAGGAAGUGCUGCAUCAACGGCCUUGUCUACGGCCCAGACGAGGAGGAGACCCCACCUAAGGAGAACCCCUACCUCUGGAGCAAAUCUGCGGAUGGGAAGCUGCUCUUCCAAAAUGCGAGGCUCCUGAGUGCGGUGCGUGGCAACCAGGAUGCAAUGGUGCGGGAGUUCUGGCGCCUGCUGGCCCUCUGCCACACGGUGAUGGUGCAGGAGGAAGACAGUGAGUCACCAGACCAGCUGUCGUACCAGGCGGCUUCCCCUGAUGAGGAGGCCCUGGUCACGGCCGCCCGGAAUUUCGGCUACGUGUUCGCGGCGCGCACGCAGGACAGCAUCACGGUGACGGAGCUCGGGGAGGAGCGGGUGUACCAGGUCCUGGCCAUGAUGGACUUCAACAGCGUCCGGAAGCGCAUGUCUGUGCUGGUCCGGAACCCUGAGGGCUCCAUCUACCUCUACACCAAGGGCGCAGACACCGUCAUCUUUGAUCGCUUGUAUAAGAAGGGCUUGACAGAGGGGGCCACGGAAGAGGCCUUAACGUCCUUUGCCCAGCAGGCCCUGCGCACGCUGUGCCUGGCCUACAAACAGGUAGAUGAGGACACCUACCAGGAGUGGUGCCAGCGGCACCAGGAAGCCAGCAUCCUUCUUCAGAACCGGGCCCAGGCCCUGCACCAAGUGUACGAGGAGAUGGAGCAGAACCUCCAGCUGCUGGGAGCCACAGCCAUUGAAGACAGGCUCCAGGACGGCAUCCUUGAAACCAUCCAGUGUCUCAAGCAAGGAAACAUCAAAGUGUGGGUGCUCACAGGAGACAAGCAAGAGACUGCGGUGAAUAUCAGCUUUGCCUGCCAGCUGCUGUCCGAGGACAUGCUCAUUCUGGAGGAGAAGGAGAUCGUUCAGAUCCUGGAGGCCUACUGGGAGAGCAACAACAACCUGCUGAGUGGCCAGGGGUCUCUGGAGAACCGGUUCCCGCCACAGGUCAAAACGGCCAUGGUCAUUAACGGAGAGUUCCUGGACCAGCUGCUGCCGCCCCUGAGCAAGGAGUCCCAGGUGCUCGUCGGAAAUGUGCACGUGGACGGGCAGGAGCCCGGUGAGCGGAGGACAGACGUCCGGCAGGCCAGGCGCACCUCUCUCGUGUGGCAGACCCUGGGGGGCCAGCUGAGGCGCCCGGGGUUGGUGCCAAAGAACAAGCACUCCAACACCCGCGAGAGCCCCGAGGCGCGGCGGGAGCGGGCCUUCGUGGAACUGGCCUCGCGAUGCCAAGCCGUCAUCUGCUGCCGGGUGACUCCCAGGCAGAAGGCCUUGAUGGUGGCGCUGGUCAAGAAGUACCAGAACGUGGUGACCCUGGCCAUCGGGGAUGGUGCCAACGAUGUCAACAUGAUCAAGACUGCGGACAUCGGCGUAGGGCUGGCGGGCCAGGAGGGCAUGCAGGUGGUGCAGAACAGCGACUACAUGCUGGCCCAGUUCCACUUCCUGAGGCGGCUGCUGCUGGUGCAUGGGCACUGGUCCUACGUGCGAGUGUGCAAGUUCCUGCGCUACUUCAUCUACAAGACGCUGGCCAGCAUGAUGGUCCAGAUCUGGUUCGCUUUCUACAGCGGCUUCUCUGCCCAGCCUCUGUACGAAGGCUGGUUCCUGGUGCUUUUCAAUCUGCUGUACACCAGCCUCCCAGUUCUGUACAUUGGGCUCUUCGAGCAGGAUGUGAGUGCUGAGCGGAGCCUGGAGCUGCCCCAGCUGUACAUUGCCGGCCAGAAGGACGAGCUCUUCAACUACUGGGUCUUCCUCCAAGCCAUCGCCCAUGGCGUGGCCACCUCCCUGGUCAACUUCUUCAUGACCCUGUGCAUCAGUCAGGACACGGCUGGGCCCCUCAGUGACUAUCAGUCUUUCGCCGUGGUCGUGGCCCUGUCGGGCCUGCUGUCCAUCACCAUGGAGGUCGUCCUCAUCAUCAGGUACUGGACGGUCCUGGCUGCACUGGCCAUCUUCCUCAGCAUCUGCUUCUACACGGCGACGACCUGGGCAAGCCAGAGCUCCUGGCUCUUCACCGUCUCCCCCAAGACCUUCCCCUUUCUGUAUGCUGACCGCCACGUGCUGUCCCACCCCUCCACCCUGCUGGUGGUCCUGCUGAAUGUGUCACUAAACUCCCUGCUCAGACUGGCCUUGCCUGUCAUUUACCAGGCCCUCCAGAAGCCACACUCCAAGGAAGAGACGGCAGAGGAGAUCGCCGCGGAGCCUCUGCCCUACCUUUGCCGGCAGUCACGUGCCCGGCGCUCUAGCUAUGCCUUCUCCCACCGGGAAGGCUACGCAGACCUCAUCACGCAGGGCACAGGUUUGCGGAGGUCACCAGGGGUCAACAGCAACACUCCAGCCGGUCACACCAUCCCAUCGAGGAGUCGCCCUCGCACCAGAGGAAGAUGCCAUUCUUGGGGAGGAAGAGGCACCCACACUGUGGGAAGGUGUCCUCCCAGGACACGCAGCCCACCUCCCCGAUGAGCUCCCCCUUUACUGGGGAGGAGCAGUGCUCUUUCUCCAAAAACGAGGCUCCCUCCACAGACGGGCCGUCUGGUUCUUUCCCCGGGAGACUGCCAGGGAAGCCGGCCAGGCCGUAUUCUCCUGAGACUCUGCCACCAACCAAGGAGAGGCCGCCAUCCCCCAGAGAAAGCCAGGUGCCACUUUCUAAGAGGCAGCCGUGGCCUCCAGCCCAGUCAUUUAAAAAUAUAUAUAUUUUUAUUGAUUUUGCAGAAAGGAAGGGAGAGGUAUAGAGUCAGAGACAUCAAUGAGAGAGAAACAUUGAUCAGCUGCCUCCCACACGCCCCCCGACUGGGGAUCGAGCUGCAACCAAGGUACAUGCCCUUGACCGGAAUCAAACCUGAGCCUCUUCAGUCCGCGGACCCACGCUCUAUCCACUGAGCCAAACCAGCUAGGACCCGGCCAGUCAUUUAAAAAAGGGAACCAGCCAGCAUCCGUGGAGGAGGAGAGAGAAUCAUCCACAAUUAAAGAACCUACAGAGGUGGCGCCCUGGGCCUCGAGAGGCAGCCGUCACCCAUGGAGAGCCAGCCAGUGCCUCUGGGAGCCAAGUGCCACCUGUUCUGGGGGGGCAGCCACGCCUGCUUCGGGAGGACAGGAAUUCCCGGCUCAGGAAACGUCAGCCGGCAAGCAUG